AUGAAAGCUUUUCCUGACACUACUGGAGACCCAGCAGAAAUUUAUUUUAACAAAAAGUUAAGAUCUGCUCGAGUUGUGUCUGAACACGCAUAUGGUAUGCUUAAAGGGCGAUGGCGACUGCUUUACAAAAAAGUGGAUUGCAAUAAGAAGAACAUAAAGCGUAUCAUUAUGUGUGGCAUAACAUUACAUAACAUUUGUAUACACGUGAAUGAUCCAUGCAAGAGACGGUGGAGGUUGGACAUGCAAGAGCUUAACCCCAUUCGUGGAAGACGCCAUGGUAUACGUGAUAAAAAUGAAGUUUGAAGAAUCAGGAAGAAGGUAGUUGACUGGCUGUGGUCAUUAUCAUAGACAUGGCAACCAUUCUAACAGUUACAAGUAUCACUUUAUUCACAUGGAUGUUGUAGUUCAAAGCAGGAAUAAGUUCAUUCAAAGGUUAAUCUCCAUGUUUAUGUUGUUGUUAACUAAGUAAGGAUACAUUCCUUAUUCUUUUGUUAAUAAAUGUUGACUGAAAACUAACAUUUGCCAAUAUAGCAUGGAAAUGGUGCUACCUGUAACACUUCAGUAAUUUACAGUGUUUGAAGUUUCACAAUGAGAUAUUUCAGUGCAUGAUUUAGUGUUCAGCAGGAAUUGUAAAUGUAUAAAAUCUUUGUGGUUAAGUGAUAUCCAGAAAUAUUCAAGGGUGAGUUAAUUGUUAGCAAUAUUUAUCAAGAACUUAAUGAUUUAUCUGGAGAUCACAAAACCUCUCAGCUGAAACUGGUUUUUAUUAAACAUUGUUGCCAAGAAAAAUUGUGAACAUAAUAUCCAUUUAUCACUGAUUGAAAUUAACUUACCCUGGACACUAUGAAGUGGAGAAAUCAUUCAUUGUCUUUUUGCAUUAGCAAACAUCAAGAACUAUCUUCAGCUCCCAGAAAGGAGUUUAAAAGUUCAGUGAUCAACACUAUUGCUAAACUGGAAUAAGGCUUUAUUCAAAUGGAAUUUCAAGUUUUAAUGGAACAGUAGUUUUACCUUAAAUGAGUGAAAACCUUCCCCUCUAAAACAGGUAAAAGUUAGAAGCCAUGUUCGUCUUUACCUAGAAAGCUACUCAAACGUAGUGCUAGAAUUGUUUACAAUACCUGGUAGAACAUUUGUAACACAACUUGUGAAUGAUCAAUAAAGUUCCUUUUAUAAGUAGGAGUUGGAAAAACAGUCCUUUUAAUAUAGCAAUCUUAUCAUUAAACUUGCAAGCUAGUUUUUUUUGUAGCGAAGGCAAAGUAUAAAAAGUUAACAAGGCAAUGAAGUAACAGUGACAUAUACUGUAAAAGCUCACUUGGAGUUGGUUUACUUAAUUUAACUGAGUGUAGUCAGAUGUGCUACCAGGGCUUGUUGAAGAAUAGUAACCUUUGGAAUCAGUCUCUGAAGGCAUACUAUACAAGCCAUGCUGAGGAGAGACAUAUGGUGUUGCAGAUGUAA